AUGGUGUCCAAACUUCGCCUCAUCCAGCCACCAGUUCAACCAUGCCUCCUCAACCAGUCUCUCUUCUUCGACCAGACCACGUACCCAACCUACACGGAGGUUGUCGUCUUAAACAGGGACCACCUGUAUCGCAAAGGAGACGUCCUUACCGUCAAGGUGGUAGCAAGAGAUAAAGAAGGAAGGCCGAAGACGUACGGAGGAGACUUUUUCCGUGCCAGACUGGUCAGCAGUGACCGUUCGCUACAGGCCAGUAGUGCCGGUCACGUCACUGACCACUGUAACGGUACCUACACCGUGCAGUUCCCGCUCUACUGGGUAGGGAACGUUUCGAUAAAGUUCCAGCUUGUCCUUCCAAGCGAGGGCAGUGAAGGUUCUACAGAGACUGCGACAAAUUUCCGAACAGGAGAUUCUUCUACUGCAGAUUGGAGGACAAGUCCAAGUCCAAGUCAAAAUCUACACAGCAAUGCUUCAGCUCUAACAACCCCCAGCCUACCACCCCACCGACAGUGCGAUUUCUCCAAACUAGAGGCAAACGGAACCUGGAUUUGUGAGAAACCGGAGAAACUACCGUGUUCCGCCAUCACAAAGUGCCAAUGGUACUUUAAGGGCAUAACAAGGGUACUGGGCUUCGUGUCUGAAGCGGAAAAGAAACUUUUCAAAAAGCCAUAUCUUGAGACGGAACUUGAAGUAGACCCCAAGGAGCCCAUACGAGUCCUUGAGACAGAACUGCCCACACCAGAACACCUUCCAGCGUGUAGCGGGAACGCGCGUGAGUCCGGAGCUUCGCUGGGACAUUGGUCAGGCAAGGUGUGGAAGUCAGCGGUCUGUAAUGUCCGAGUCUUCACUAAGGAGGAGAUCCGGCAAUGCCUGGCUAACAAGACCGUGUACAUGCAAGGUGACUCUACCAUUAGACAAUGGAGUCAGCGUUUGCAGAAGGUAGUGCCGCUGAAAAAGGAUAAAAGAGCCAAGGAUUCAAAAGUUUUGCAAGUAGGAUACAACAGCCAGUGGAACAUCUCUGUUCGCUAUCGUUUCCAUCACCUUCCAAUACAAACGAAAACUUGGCACAAUUUUUAUGGCUACCAUUACACUGUUGAUGAGCUAGACGCCACCCAAGGAGGCCCGAAUAUGGUAAUUGUCCUAAGUCUGUGGGCUCACUUUACUGCUGAGCCGUUGGACAUGUUUCGGUCUCGUCUGUACGCCAUACGGAGCGCCAUACAUCGUCUCCUGCGCAGGAGUCCCGGCACGCGAGUUUUUGUGAGAACUGGAACAACGCGAGAACACAAGAAGGGAAAGUUGGAGUACUAUUUGCUAAGUAGCGACUGGCUAGCUUACCAGAUCACGGAGGUGAUACGAGAAAUAUUCCGGGAGGAUCCAGACGUGGUUGUGUUGGACACGUGGGACAUGAGUGUUUGUCAACCGGGAAAAGAUCACGUUCACCCAGAUCAAACAAUGGUGGACAAUCUACUUAACAGGCUGUUUUCCCAUAUAUGUCCAAACUAAGAGGUUUGAACAGGCCGUAUGUCUAUUAUGAUUUACUCGUUAUGUAAGUAUAUUUUUCGUUGAAGAGAUUCAUUAAUUAGUCACGUAUGUAAACAGUUAAUGGAAUUUUUCAUCA